AUGUUAUCUAGGGGUCCUAUUGAUCAUCUUAUCAUUAUGGAAUACUUGAAAACUGCAAUUUGUACUGGAGUUGGUGGUUCUGAAGAAGAAAUUUAUGAAGAAGAUAUUCCAAGGAAGAAAGUAAAAAGUUCUAGGCGAAAAGGGAAAACAAUCAUGUCUAAGAAAUAUAAGAAUCAUAAGAGGGCAAAGCCUCAACUUGUUAUUGAAGAAGACUCAAGUGAACAUAUUGCAAGUCUUGAUCGAAAUGAAAAGGAGUCUGCUCUCAACAAUGAAGUCACUUCUGACAACAUUGGGGCGAAAUCAAUAUCCAUUUUGGAGCCAAUUCAAACUCUUGUUGUCUCUUCACACAUGGAGUCUGAAUCAGGAAUUUAUACUCAGGUUGUUAAUGAUCCUUUUCUCAAUAUUUCUCAAACACCUCCUACUCCACCCAUUGUUUCUGAAAUCUCUCUAUCCACACCAAUUCCAACAAGUCCAUUUUUUGGUCCUGUUUCUCAUCCUUCAACAAAAUCUGUUGAGAUUCCUAUUUUUUCUAAGGCAACUUCUUCACAUGUAUCUGCACCACAAUUCACCUCUACUCCAUCUGUUUCUGAUGAUGGUGAAGAAGAAAUUUUAAUGAAAGAUGAUUGUGAAUCAAAUGAUGAGUUUGUGGCAACUGAUUUUGUGUUUCAUGUUGAAAGUGAUCAUGAAGAUGAUGAUGCCCCAAUGAUCGAAGGAGAUCUUCGCAAGCUGGACAAGAAGUUAUAUGAAAUUAUUUCUCAGUAUUCUACUUUCAUCAAUAUAAAGUAUGAAGAACUUCUGUUUUCUCAUCAAGCAAAAAAUCAGAAGCUGGUCAAAGAAUAUGUUAAUAAGCUUUCACAACAUCAGAAGCUUGUUGAUGAUUCUGCUAAACCGGUUAAGGAAGCAAGUUCGCAAGUCUCAACCAUUCUCAUAGAAGUCAAAACAAUCGCAUCCAAGCAUGAGGCUUUCAUGACUUCAUUUCAAACCUCUUUUGAUACAAAUGUUGCUGAAAUGAACAAGAACAUUGUGAAAAUCCAUUUGGAGAAGAAAUCUAUGGAAGAUAAAUUGAAGAAUUUAAGGGAAAAGAAAACUGGCCAAAAAGGUAAUGAAGCUUUUGGUUCAGGAAAAGGAAAUGUGAAAAUUGUCUCUGAAAAGUUAGAUGAUUCGGAUCCACCCUUGAAAAAAGAACAACAAGAUGAUUAA